AUGUCGCCACAAUACCAUAUAUUGUUCCUUCCUCAAUCAUAUGCUCUUAGCUUUGAAGUAUUAAUAGCUGUUCUUUGUUUGUUUGGUGUCUUUGCUUUAUGGCUGGUCCCUGGUGGACUUGCUUGGGCUCUUUCUAGUUCCGGUCACUGGAAAAUAGUUACCGGUCCUCCUGGAUUCCCAUUGACUGGCUUACUGUAUGUCUUCACUGGGUUAACGCCUCACCGUCUUCUUGCCAAGCUCGCUCGGAGCUUUGAUGCUGUCCGUUUGAUGGCUUUCUCAGUGGGUUUCACUCGUUUCAUCAUUUCGAGCCAUCCAGAAACAGCAAAAGAGAUUCUGAAUUCCCCGGCCUUCGCUGACCGGCCAGUGAAGGAGUCAGCUUAUGAGCUUCUCUUUCAUAGAGCUAUGGGUUUCGCUCCUUAUGGAGAAUACUGGAGGAAUUUGAGAAGAAUCUCAUCGACGCAUAUGUUCAGCCCUAAGAGAAUAGCUGGUUUUGAGGGUUUCAGGUGCAAAACAGGUUUGAAAAUAGUGGAUGAAAUGAGAGAUAUGAUGGGUAAGAAAGGUGAGGUUGAAGUCAAGAAGGUUCUCCAUUUUGGGUCUUUGAACAAUGUGAUGAUGACUGUGUUUGGUAGGUGCUAUGAUUUUGAUGAUGGUAAAGAUGGGUUUGAGCUCGAAAAGUUGGUAAGUGAAGGGUAUGAGCUGCUUGGGAUAUUCAACUGGAGUGACCAUUUUCCUCUUCUGGGGUGGUUGGAUUUGCAAGGAGUGAGAAGGAGGUGCAGGAGUUUGGCUUCAAAGGUGAAUCUAUUUGUCGGAAAGAUCAUAGAAGACCAUAGAGUGAAGAGGAUUGGUGGAGUUUUAGGUGGAGAGAGUUUUGAAGAUUUUGUUGAUGUGUUGCUAAAUUUGGAGAAAGAGGACAAACUUAGUGAUUCUGAUAUGAUAGCUGUUCUAUGGGAAAUGAUUUUCAGAGGAACUGAUACAGUAGCAAUAUUGCUAGAAUGGAUUCUAGCAAGAAUGGUAUUACAUCCAGAAAUCCAAUCCAAAGCCCAGAAUGAAAUCGAUGCUGUCAUCGGAGAAUCAAGAGUAGUUUCUAAUUCCGACAUUCCAAAACUCCCUUACCUUCAAUCCAUCGUGAAGGAGACUCUCCGGAUGCACCCGCCAGGGCCACUUCUCUCGUGGUCUCGUCUCGCCAUUCACGACGUCCAUGUGGGUGAUAGCUUGAUUCCAGCAGGAACCACAGCCAUGGUUAACAUGUGGGCAAUCACUCAUGAUGAAAAUGUGUGGUCAGAGCCAGAGAAGUUCAAACCAGAAAGGUUCAUGGAUGAGGAUGUGAGCAUUAUGGGGUCUGAUCUGAGGUUGGCUCCUUUUGGCUCUGGAAGGAGGGUUUGUCCUGGUAAAGCUAUGGGUUUGGCCACUGUUCAUCUCUGGUUGGCUCAGUUGCUUCAGAGCUUCAAAUGGGUCCCUUCUGAUCAUAUUAAUGGUGUGGACUUGUCUGAGAAUUUGAAGCUCUCUCUUGAAAUGAAGAACCCACUGCUUUGCAAGAUUGUUCCUAGGGUUGCUUGAAAUUAAGUAAGUAAUUAUGUUGGGUUGGUUGUUUAAUAUAGUUAAUUAUAUAUCUGGGCCAGUUUCUAAGUUAACUAGAUAGAGUGAGUUUAGUGUAUCAUUUCGAGAAAUGUUAAAUACAGUCGCCUAUCACACACUAGUUCAGCUCUGGAUUCAUGUGGUGGAACACAGGCGUU